AUUUCUAUAACAUAAUAUAAGAAAACUACAAAACUGUGUUAACUUCUAAUUUGGGAUGGAUUCUAUGGAUAAUGAUCAUUAUAGACUCAAAAACAAGAUUUAAAAGUACAUAUUAAUGGAUUGGAAAUCAACGUUAAUUAAGCAUUUUAGCAAAACUAUCAUGAUGUGUACUGAGAGCUUUGAAAGAGCUCUGAAAGAAAAUAAUCAUGCAAUUUUGCUACCAUUAAUUAAAUAUUAUUAAGUCUUUGGCCUUUCAGCUCUAAUUUAUUUGUGGUUUGUCUCUGAAAGUUUGUUUGAAAAAGAGCACAAACACACCAAACAGAAUUUUUGGAAAUUUUAAUUACGGGGUUCGGUUUAAGUCACAUGCACAUGUUCGGAUCUGAACCAGCUUUUUGGAUGGAGGAUAAAAGUGGAAAAUUUGAUAGUAUUGAUGAGAUAACAGUGGUGUUGCUGAGGCAGUCGACAUGGCAAAGGGGAAAAAAAAAAGCAAAGAUGAUUCAAGAUCGGGCAGCAAGAAUAAAGGAAACAACUUCAAGCUGAAGGGACACCACAACAACAGCUCACACAAGAGCCAUACUCACAAAGCAGUCAAUAGUGACAUUCCUGUCAAUAUUGCAAUGUGGGAUUUCAACCAGUGUGAUCCCAAAAGAUGCUCUGGUAAGAAAUUGGAAAGAUUAGGGUUGAUCAGAAGUCUCAAAAUUGGACAAAGAUUCUCUGGGUUGGCCAUUUCCUCGAAUGGAAAAAAAUUGAUUUCAAAAGAGGACACAUUCAUCAUGCUUGAAAAGGGCAUUGCAGUUAUUGAGUGCUCAUGGGCAAAGAUUGAUGAGAUCCCCUUUAGCAGAUUCACAAGUAAUAAAAACGAAAGAUUGCUACCAUACCUAGUAGCUGCUAAUACAGUUAAUUAUGGAAAACCGUGGAAACUAAAUUGUGUGGAAGCAUUGGCUGCAGCUUUUGCAAUUUGCGAUCAAUUGCAGUAUGCAGAAAAAUUGUUGGAGAAUUUCUCGUAUGGUUUAAAUUUCUUGAAAAUAAAUGAAGAGCUAUUCGAUAUAUACAAAAAGUGCAACAAUAGCGAAGAAGUUGAGGCUGCUCAAAACGAGUGGCUAUUGAAAUUGCAGAUCGAGUACGAUGAAAGAAGAAACCUAGAAAAGGGCAUGGACAUUUGGGAACUAGGCAACACCAACCACCAAAAUGACGCUCUCUUGCUGAACAGCAGCAGUGAAGAAGACUCAGAAGAAGACUCAGAAGAAGCAGCAAAAGACGAUAAAGAUGAAUUGAAACCUUCUAUAAUAAUUAAUGGAACUUUAUGACACUAGAUACCUGUAGUAAACGGGAUAUCGGGAUAUUUUUCCAGAAACCGCGCACGGAUCACCUGCUGGAAUCGGGAGGU